AUGGAUGUAUUUGAAGCACGUGCUGCGGCCGUAUUGAUCGACGCUCACCUACUAUCGUCGCCAGGUGCAUACGUAGAAGUGCCUUCGUCGCGUUUCAAGUCUUUGACUCUCCGAAAACCCACCCAAUCUUCUACGGCAAUAGGUAUAUUCACAGUGAUGUGCUACAACGUACUUUGCGAUAAGUACGCGACGAGACAGAUGUACGGAUAUUGCCCCAGUUGGGCAUUAGAAUGGGAUUAUAGAAAGAAGGGUAUUUUGGACGAAAUUAGACACUACUCUGCUGACAUCAUUAGUUUACAGGCAAGCAUAAUCAUAUUGAUUUCUGUUUUAGUAUUCUUUGAAGUAGAAACGGAUCAGUUUUACAAUUUCUUUUUACCAGAAUUGAAACAAGAUGGCUAUGAUGGUAUUUUCUCGCCAAAGUCUAGGGCUAAGACCAUGUCCGAAUCAGAGAGGAAAUAUGUCGACGGUUGCGCCAUCUUUUUUCGAUCUGCCAAGUUCGCAUUAGUAAAAGAGCACCUUAUAGAGUUCAAUCAAUUGGCUAUGGCCAACAGUGAAGGUUCAGACAACAUGUUAAAUCGUGUAAUGCCGAAAGAUAAUAUUGGUCUAGCCGCCUUGCUCAAAACUAAGGAGGCGGCCUGGGAGAACGGUAAGGAUGGUUCUAGUAUACCAACUGACUCGUCGGUGCUGGCCCAACCGAUAUUAGUAUGUACAGCACAUAUACACUGGGACCCGGAAUUCUGUGAUGUAAAACUGAUUCAGACUAUGAUGUUGAGUAACGAGUUGCGGUCUAUAUUGGACGACUCGGCUAGGACUUUACGGCUUGCCGGUCACCGUGACAACGUACAGUUGCUACUAUGCGGAGAUUUCAACUCACUACCUGACAGCGGUGUUGUUGAGUUCCUAUCGUCGGGUCGUGUGUCUGCCGACCACCGGGAUUUCAAGGAGUUGGGUUACGCGACCUCGUUACGGCGCAUGCCCGGCUCCGAACACGAGUUCACGCACAAUUUCAAACUGGCCUCCGCUUACAGCGAAGACAUCAUGCCCUACACUAAUUACACGUUCGAUUUUAAAGGAAUCAUCGACUAUAUAUUCUACAGUAAACAGUCAAUGACGCCUCUCGGUCUCCUGGGACCGCUGUCGCAAGAUUGGUUCCGGGAACACAAGGUGGUGGGAUGUCCCCACCCGCACAUACCUUCAGCAAUAGAUGAUUCUUUGGAUGCGCCAACGAAAUUUCUCUUCGUCCUCUUCGUGCAACAAAUCUUCGGAACCCAGCUAUGGAUGCUUUUGAUGUUAAAUCACUUAUGGAACCUUGAAUCCAUAGCACAGCCUUGGUAA